UGUGUGUUUACAUCAGAGGACUAUAUCAAAGAUGAUGUAAGGGUGGGUGAGGUCGUACGCUGCUUAAAAAAAUAAUAGUAGAGACGCCGGGUUUGCGAUUAUGUGCAGCAUAGGAAAGUGACAGUUGGAACGAUGGGGACAGUUUACGCAAAGGAACAGUUUAUUGAAAAGAACGAAUCGUUCGGGAGUGGUAAACCGAGACAUCUAAAUUUAGGAACCAACGACCAAGAAGCCGAAGAAUGCACAAGCGGUAAGAAGACAAUAAAGUUGGAAGGCAUACAGGCUCGAGUGGACAAAAUACAUGUCGAUGGAUUAAAUCGGACAAAAGAUGACAUAGUGGUGGAGACCGUGUCGGACUUGUUCAAGGCCCAAGACUUUCAGCAGGUGCUGCUAGGAGCACACAAAGUUCGUGAAAAACUUGACGCUCUGGGAUGCUUCCGCAACAUCGGUAUCUACAUCGACAUAAGCAGCGGGCCAGGUGCUACUCCACACGGACUUGAGGUAACAUUCCAUGUUCGUGAACUGAAACGUCUGAUGGGAGGAGUGAACACAAUGGUGGGAAACAACGAGGGAUCUCUGGUUGUCGGACUACGGGCACCUAAUCUGCUUGGUCGUGGGGAGAAAGUCAACUUCGAGUACAGAUACGGUUCCAAGAGAACGACUGGCAUCGAUAUUGCAUUUAGCAAGCCUCUUCGUGGAAAAUGGAGUCCAGUGUUUACAACAUCAGUCUUCCAGAGAGGUGCUGAAUGGCCACCAUCAGCGUACAAGCAAAUGGACCGGGGCAUUCUUCUUGAUCUUGCCUUCUCAUCCUCUUCAUCGGUACAGCAUAACUUACAGUGGGAAGGUAAUUACCGUGAUCUAUCGUGUCUCACACGAGCUGCAGCAUUUGCUGUGCGAGAGCAAGCUGGUCCGACCCUCAAAUCGAGCAUUCGACACAUUAUCACUGCUGACAGACGUGAUGCUCCCAUAUUUCCAUCAAAGGGUGGACUGUUUCAGCUGACAACAGAGUUUGCAGGACUCGGUGGUAACAUAGGGUUUCUGAAGAACGAGCUCAUGCUGCAGGCUAAUGUGCCUCUGUUGGAGGGAAUAGUUAUUCAGGGUGGAGUUCAAGGUGGACUGCUGACACACUUAGCUGGAGAUAAGCAAGUGAGCAUCUGUGACCGGUUUUUCCUCGGUGGACCACUCAAUUUAAGAGGGUUUGAGCUUAGAGGAGCCGGUCCUCACUCUGAUGGGAAUGCCCUUGGUGCUGAUGUGUACUGGGCUGCAGCCGUGCAUUUGUACACUCCGCUACCAUUCAGGCCGGGCAAAGGCAGCCUGGGGGACCUGUUUCGCACACACGUAUUCUUCAAUUGUGGGAAUAUUGGAAACUUCAGGUUCACGGAGGAUUAUCAGCGCAACUUCGAGCAGUUGGCAAACAACUUGAGAUCAGCGUACGGACUCGGUGUAGCAUUGAGGAUAGGGCAGGUGGCUCGACUUGAGCUGAAUUACUGCAUACCAGUCCGCAUUGCUGCUGGGGAUCGACCGUGUUCUGGAGUGCAGUUUGGCGUCGGUGUAAAUUUCUUGUAGAAUAUGAUGUUGUUGUUGUGACUCCUCUGUGGGGCAUUGUUGCAGCAGUGCGUGUACAAGCUCUUGAAAUAUAGUUUAGUUUCUGAGCUAUGACUGGUGUUAUAUUUUAUCCUGUGUUGAACUAUUACAAAUAAAUUGUUACUCCAUCA